AUGAUGCUGAAGGGAGUAAUAUUGCUAUUCCUUCACUUGUUCUGCGACAUCGCAUUGGCAGCUCAAUGCGGAAAAGUAUGGCUGACAGUCUCCUCGUUGUGGAGACCAAUCGCUGCUAGCGACAAAGUCAUCGACGCUGAGCUCGAAGUAAAUUGGGAUCUCGAUUGUCCAUCGAGCACAGGAUACCCAGAUACCAUCAAGGUGUUCACUGCUGACCCAGCACAUAACAAAACGGUGAAACCAAAGCUGAUUUUGACCUCGCUGCAACACCCGAGAGGUUAUUAUCGAACGAAUAUCACGGUUGGUCGUCCACCGUUUCCCGGUGGAUGGGACACCAAGGAUGGCGCGACGCUUCCUGGCCCACAUUGCCUGAAACACCAUGCUGCUCUCUAUAAGGACGGGUCAAUCCUCACUAGCUCGUGUUUGCAGAUCUGGCCUACGUGGAUGUACGAUUUGAGGCGACAAUUAGGGAGGCUUCCAAUAGGUAGCCUAAUGAUCCCCGGGACGCAUAAUUCCGGAUGCUAUAAACACGGUGACCUAACGAGGCGAGAUGCGUUUCAAAGAUACCUGUUAACGCAGGACCGCGAUGUGUGGACGCAAUUAGUGCACGGUAUAAGGUAUUUGGACAUCAGGGUUGGUUAUUACCCGUCGAUUCCAAACGGGACCGUUAUCGAGGAGGGCAACCAUAUAAGCAGAUUCUGGAUCAAUCACGAUGUCAUCCGGAUUACCCCUCUAUCCACGAUCAUCAAAGACGUGAGAAACUUUCUAAACGUAGCUAGGGGAGAGGUGGUCAUCAUGGACUUUCAUAGAUUUCCCGUGGGAUUCGAGGGUAGGCCAAGUAGGCAUCGCCGAUUGGCCAUGAUCCUCUUACGAGAAUUCGAAGGUCUGAUCCUGAAACCAGAUAGAGGGGUCGAAGGUCUGGGUCCGACCUUGAAUGAUAUUUGGACCGGAGGGAAACGCUUGAUAAUUUGUUACGGCGACAAGCACACCGUGAAUGAGUACGACUGGCUAUGGCCGACGAUGUCCCAGGCCUGGGGCAACCAGCAGACGGUGGAGGGGUUGUUCAAGUAUCUAGACAAAGUCAUCAUGAGCCCGAAGAAGACCAGGAACAGCCAGAACCCGCUGUGGGCGGUGAUGGCGGAGUUGACGCCGUAUCCGUUGGACAUAAUCUUCAAUUUAGCUGGCGGGCUGCGACAGAUGGCUGACUCCGUGAACAGAAAUCUCACGUACAAGUUCCAGGAGGAAUGGUGGAAAGAAACGAACAUCGUCGCGACGGAUUUCUUCCUUGGAAAUAAUCUGAUCGACGUGUCGAUACAGGCGAACAUCAAGAAGAGCAAUAUCGCCCAGUGGCGCUUGUAA